AUGACUGCAAGAGAUCAGAAUGUAUGGUUUCAUUAUAGAUCAUCAUUAAAGAUUGGCGAACUAGAGAGAUUCAUAAUUAAAUAUGAUUUGUAUGAAGGUGCUGUAAUUCCUGAGGAUUUAACAUUGGAUUCCUUAUGGUUAAGGAUCAAAAACAUUGAACAACUUUCGUAUAGAGCAGGUUAUCUUAUGGGUCCGUAUUUUAUAUAUACAGAUUUAAGGACAGAAAAUUAUCAUCAUUCACAAAGGAUUAUCUAUUCAGCUGAUCAGCCAAAAUUUGAACCUAAUUUACAACCUCAACAACAGAGUAUAGUGGAAUUACCUGUUCAUAGAAUUCAGAAGCGGUAUGUUUGGAUUGUAGAUGUUAUAAGUCAAAUUCUUUUUUCUACAACCACAAAAGUUACCUUUGAGUUGUCCAUUGGUACAACUAGAGGUUCAAUUGAUUCUAAAAAUAUUGAUUUUCUUCCAAGUCUGGCUACAUAUUCAGAUAAACUACAAGUAACUAGAUUAACAACAUUAGAUAUAUGGAAAUUGUCUUCACAAUUGUCCUUGAAAUGCGACAGAGAUAAACCUAAACAUUUGAUUAUUUUAACACAUGGAUUGCAUUCAAAUGUGACCACUGAUAUGGUUUAUAUACAAGAACAAAUUUACAAUCAACAAAAAAAUUACCCAAAUGAGAAUUUAGUGGUAGAGGGGUUUCCUGAUAACGUUUGCCAAACAGAGAAGGGUAUAAAAUAUCUUGGAACAAGAGUUGCCGAGUAUAUUGUAUCCAAUUUAUAUGAUAAAAGUAUAAAAAAAAUAUCUUUUAUUGGUCAUUCCCUCGGUGGUCUUGUCCAGACUUUUGCAAUAGCGUAUAUUGCUGUUAAAUAUCCAUGGUUCUUUGAGAAUGUGGAACCAGUAAAUUUUAUUGCUAUGGCAUCUCCUUUGUUGGGUAUUGUAACGGACAAUCCAGCCUAUAUAAAGAUGCUACUUUCAUUUGGUGUUAUUGGUAAGACAGGACAAGAUUUAGGAUUAGAUAAAUGUCCCAAAGAUGAUAAUGCACUAUUAUAUUUAUUGUCUGGGGAACCUGUCAGAGCUAUUUUAUCAAAAUUUAAAAGGAGAACUCUGUAUGCUAAUGUGGUGAAUGAUGGUAUCGUACCUUUGUAUACAGCGUCAUUACUAUUUUUAGAUUAUGAUGAGAUCUUAAAUUCAUUAAAUGAAAAAUGUGUGGAUAAGACAGUUGAUAGUGAAAAUAUCACUAUUUCAGAUAAUACAAGAUUUUUCCAAAAAAAUUUUAUUAAUCCGUUAAAUAAAAUUAUGGGUGUUUGGGCACCACAAAUGUCUUCUGAUGGAAAAAGGAAUAAGGAUUCUAAACUACCUAAAGUUUCAAUAUUAGAAUCUGCGACAUCAAUUUUACUUCCACCCCUACCAGAUAAAGCAUAUAUCAUGGAUCCAAAUUCUCGUGAAUUAUGUAUUAUUCAUGAUAAAAUUUAUACAGAAGAUGAUAUUCCACCAGUAAAAGACAUAGAAGAAAGUAUAUAUAAUAGUAGUAAUAUCUUAUUACAACCAUUCACAAUUGAUAAAAGACAAAAAGAAAAAUAUCAGAAAUUAGAAGAGACAAUUGCAAGGCGAUGGCAUAAAGGUCUUUCAUGGAGAAAAGUGAUUGUUAAGUUGAAACCGGAUGCUCAUAAUAAUAUUGUUACAAGAAGAAGAUUUGUUAACGCAUAUGGGUGGCCGGUUAUUGAUCACAUGAUUGAUAAUCAUUUUAAAGGAGAUAUUUCUGAAAAUAGUAUAAAGUUUGAUAGUUAUAUGGAAGAUUAUAGAAAGAUUAAAGAUGAAGACAUUCCUAUGAAAUAUCAAUGGAUAGUCAGAAAGGAGGAGGAAAGUAUUUUUGAUGUUGGUCCUACUGGAAUGAUUUCAACAAUGGCCGAAAUGUUAGAUAAUUUCACCCAAAAACAAUUGAUAAAAAAAACCAAUAUGCAUACUGAUUUAAAAGAAGAAAUAAAAAAAUAUGAAGAGAUGAAUAACACUUUGUUACAUUGA